AACAUCAUGGAUCCGGUACCAAUAAUUGAUUUGGACACGUUCCAAAACUGUCGCUCCAACAACGAGGCUCCGUCACAGGUUCAAGCCAAGCAAGGCAAUGAACCUAAUGGGAACAAUCCACCGGCGCAAUGGGUCAAAAAUCUUGUAGAUCAUGGGAUUAUUCCUGAGCAGUACCAACUUGCAAAACUGAAUCAACAGCGAGCCGAACGACAACUGGUAGAGCACAAUGCAUUCCAUCGGGCACAGGCUCUUCUACUUGAAGAUGAUGGUCAACGGUCAAUUCCGGAAGGCCAUCUGAUGCCGUUAGACUACGCAAGACCGGACAUUGAAGACGAACCAAUCAUUCGUUCGAACAAUGAAAUUGUCAUUGAUACAGUGCAAAACAAGCGCGCAAUUAAACGCCCAAACUCGGACUUUUUUGAAAACCAAACACCGGCAGAAGCGGUCGCUCCUAAAAGCAGAAAAAUGGGUAACUCGGAAAAAUUGGAGAUCGGAACAAAUGGAGCAGUAGUUUGUGCCAACGUUACGAAUACGCCUAACAAAAAAACGAAACAAGAGAGAGACCGUGAGAACACUGCAAGAUAUGAUGCGAAGAACAAUCAGAAGCUCGUAGACAAUGAAAAGACGCAUUCGGAGCUGAAAGAAGAGAAGGAGCAGAUAAAUGCUGACAUUGAUACAAAGAGAAAUCUUCUUUUCUUUCUUAUUCAGCUAUUUUCUAGUGUGGGAAAUGUGGUCGUGAACCAGCAUGCGGAUUUAAUCGGGAAAAAUCUCAAAAAAAUCGAGAAAGAAAUCGAAAACAUUUCGGAGAGCAAAAAAGCAGAGAAAUACAAUGAUAAAGAUUAUCAGAAGAUAUUUCAAAAGCACAAGAUUGCGAAGGACGAGUGGGACAAAACAAUUUCGGACUGGAAAAAUAAAGAAGAAGAGGCUGAAAAACAAGGGGUGACAGUAGGAACUCUAGCUACUCGUAAAACCAAAAAGGCUAAGGCGUUUCACACAAUCAAUUUUGAAUUAUGUGCGGAAAAUGUUAAAAUCGAAAUAAAAGUUGGCCGUGAAGAACAAAAGCUUCUGAAUAUCCAAUGGAACUUGUACGGCAAAUGCCUGCAAAAUGUGUUUUUCCAAAACCGGCAGGCCUUGAUGGAAUGGGCAGGGGAGCAUCAGAAAAUGGAGCAAAUCAACGCCCUGGAGGAAUUCUUACGAAUUUUGAAGCCGAAAUAAUUAUUUUUUGAAGUAAAAAAAAGCAAAAAAAAAACAAACGAUUUAUUUUUUCUGACUAAUAACCACAAAAACAAAUUGGCUUAAAAAUCAAAAAAAAGCUAUUCAUAACUAAACAUUACUUUGUUUUUUAAUUUUCAUGUUACUUCAAUGGUCAGAUUAGUUUUUCUCCUAUAAUUAUCUUCUCCGAUUAUUUUUUGUAUUUUUUCUCGAUAUACAUAUGUGUUUUUUUUUCAAUAAAUCAAUUUAAAAAUUUUUUAUUUGAUAAA